GCUCUUAUGGUACCCUUGCGUUGAAGUGCACGUGAUUUCGAGCUUUACGAGAGUAUUUUUGCGGUCGAAUAUACGUACACACCGAGCCGGUAUAAUUGUGCGGUGCGAUCGUAAUUGGAAAAUUGCGUGGAUAUCGCUGUGCAUUUGUGAAAGUUACGAGUAUUUUUUCGGCUGAAUUUUAAUCAUCGAAUUUCAACUAUACCUACCCUCUCUACAAAAUGAACGGAGAUAAUCGUCUCGAUCGUCGCAAAGGUUCCUGCACACCGCAAUCGGCCGAUUUCAGCUCGAACGAGAACACCGUAUUAUGCGAGAAAAUCUACCCAUUCGCAGUGGUGCUCAGACUACGCGUCUUACAAAUCGUUUGCGGAAUAUCUGGCAUAGUUAUGGGUACGGUGGCGUUUAUCGAAGAAAAAAGCAGCAUGAAUUUAGGUAUCGGAAUGCCUGCCGGAUUACUCACCGUGACAGCAGCAGCCGGAAGCAUUCAUACCAGUCGAGGAUUCGGAGGCUACGUACAACCAAGCUGCGAUCCACCCUGGUCUCACCUGCGAUUCCUCGGACCGACCAUUACGUCUGCGUUUUCGUUGACCUUACUGUGGAGUUUCGCUUGCAUUUUGCACUGCGUACUGUUACGAAACUCGUUCAAAGCUUUGUUCACUUCGGAAGAUCUGACCAUCUUGGCUGUGGUAUUAAUGUCGCUAACGCUGAUAACGCUGUUCGCAGCAGCUCUGGUUUUACGCAUAGACUGCGUCUACGAUCCGGACUGACCUGGGGUAUGCCCGGAACAGACGCCGGGCAUUAGUAUUAUCGGCGUGGGCACCUCCAUGUCUACCGAUAGAAUUGGUCGAGUGGCUUGGAUAGCUUGAGAGAGAAAGGUCGAAUCGUAUUAUGUAGAGUUAUUGUAAUGUAUAUUUUUUUCCACUCACUUCUCUAUACAUAUUUAAACUUCAUGUACCAAAAAUAACUUUCGUUCGACGACGGAUGCGGAUUUCUUACCGAUGAGCAGAGGAAAGGAGAGGAGGCGAAAGAUAAUCUAGUGUGUGUCUAUUCGUCUACAAAAAAAAAAAAAACUAGUAACAAGUUAAAUAUAUUGUACUUUAGACGAAUCGAACUUCGCCCUCUCCUCUUUCGAAUAUCUGAUCAAAAUUUAAAAAUUACGUCAUGUACUUCACGUUAUCGAAGUUGAAAAAAAUAAAACUGACUCGAAAAUCUAUUCCUCGCUCUGUUUUUCCUCUAAAAAUUUGAAAUCCGUCGCCGAUAACGUUGUACUUACUUAUGUAUAAUUAACGUGUAAUCUACGAUUUUAAACGUUUUUCUACUAUUCUUUUCGAUUAUCUCAUUUCUUCCUCUAUUCAUUCGUAUCUCUAAUUAAGGCCCCUAAUUUUGUAAAUAUUUUAUAUACUUCUUGUACAUUAUACAACAUUUUAGGUUACCACACGAUAUUUGAUAUGUAAUUUUUUCCCCAUGUUCUGUUAUCGUGUCGAUAAACUAAUACAUACAUAUAUACUCAUGUUA